CGCGCUCGGCGUACUGUCGCGCGCACAGGGCGGCACACGUGUCUCCCGGCGUGGGUCCUGAGUUUCACCCUACCCUUCAGGAUCGAGAGACUGGGGGUGGCCCCAGACCCCAUUUGGUGUGCGCUCAUCCUGGCCUGCGUGAGCGUGAUCCACGCAGUUUCCUCCGUUCACGGAGCCAACUUGGCCAAGCAACUGUCCCGGGAGCAGCGCGCGGGGGGUACCGGGCACUGCGCAUGCGGAGCUCCAAAUUCAAACAGCUGUGUCCAGGGCUGCAGUACCGGUGGACCCAGAGCCGCUGGAACUAGGGGACGUUUUCUCAGGAGGUGGCCACUGAAGAGCCAUGGUGGACCGGGGUCCCUUACUCACCUCGGCCAUCAUUUUCUACCUGGCGAUCGGGGCGGCGAUCUUCGAAGUGCUGGAGGAGCCGCACUGGAAGGAGGCCAAGAAAAACUACUAUACACAGAAACUGCAUCUACUCAAGGAGUUUCCGUGCCUGAGCCAAGAGGGCCUGGACAAGAUCCUACAGGUGGUGUCUGUUGCAGCAGAUCAGGGUGUGGCCAUUACAGGGAACCAGACUUUCAACAACUGGAACUGGCCUAAUGCAAUGAUUUUCGCAGCCACGGUCAUCACUACCAUUGGUUAUGGCAAUGUGGCUCCCAAGACCCCAGCUGGGCGCCUCUUCUGUGUCUUCUAUGGUCUGUUCGGGGUGCCACUAUGCCUGACGUGGAUCAGCGCCCUGGGCAAGUUCUUCGGGGGACGUGCCAAGAGGCUGGGCCAGUUUCUCACCAGGAGAGGAGUGAGCCUGCGGAAGGCUCAGAUCACCUGCACGGCCAUCUUCAUUGUGUGGGGUGUCCUGGUCCACCUGGUGAUCCCACCCUUUGUGUUCAUGGUGACAGAAGAAUGGAACUACAUUGAGGGCCUCUACUAUUCCUUCAUUACCAUCUCCACCAUUGGCUUUGGGGACUUUGUGGCCGGUGUGAACCCCAGUGCCAACUACCAUGCUCUGUACCGUUACUUUGUGGAGCUCUGGAUCUACCUGGGGCUGGCCUGGCUGUCCCUCUUUGUCAACUGGAAGGUGAGCAUGUUUGUGGAAGUGCACAAAGCCAUUAAGAAGAGGCGGCGUCGGCGAAAGGAAUCCUUUGAGAGCUCCCCACACUCCCGGAAGGCUCUGCAGAUGGCUAGCAGUUCAGCCUCCAAAGAUGUCAACAUCUUCAGCUUCCUAUCCAAAAAGGAGGAGACCUACAAUGACCUCAUCAAACAGAUUGGGAAGAAGGCAAUGAAAACAAGUGGGGGUGGGGAGAGGGUCCCAGGACCUGGGCAUGGACUAGGAGCUCAAGGGGAUGGACUGUCUAACAUCCCUGCAUCCCUGGUACCUUUGGUAGUCUAUUCCAAGACUCGAGUGCCCAGCUUAGAAGAGGUAUCUCAGACUCUAAGGAGCAAAGGACAUGUGUCCAGACCAGUUGGUGCCGAGGCUGAGGUAAAGUACCCCAAAGAUGGUUACCCAACCUCCGAAGUGUUUGUUAACCAGCUAGACCGUAUCAGUGAGGAGGGUGAGCCAUGGGAAGCCCUGGACUACCAUCCGCUCAUAUUGCAAAAUGCCAACAUUACCUUUGAAAAUGAGGAAACCGGCCUCUCAGAUGAGGAGACCUCCAAGUCUUCCGUGGAGGACAACUUGGCCUCCAAGGAGCAGCCUCAACAGAGGACUGUGGCUGAGGUGCCCUUGAGCACAGGUGAAUUCCCUUCAUCAGAUGAGUCCACCUUCACCAGCACCGAGUCAGAGCUCUCUGUUCCUUAUGAGCAGCUGAUGAAUGAGUACAACAAGGCAGACAGCCCCAGAGGCACGUGAGGAGGGCCUGGCUCCCCACCUGCUCUCCAGUGGCUUCUUCCCUUCAACGGGGUUGUCCUGUGAUGGCCAGACCCCUGGGGAGAGGGCCCUGGAAAUGAGAUGGGGAGCCAGGGACCUGCUUUUCUUUCUGUCUUCUCCAGCUGGUUGCUUCCAUGGGAUGUGAAGUCUGCCCAGGACAGGCCUCCAUGCUAUGGCCCCCAUGGGGAGGCUGCUGUCCUGGGCCUGCCUGGCAGGUCUAUUUACUGACUCGAGGCAAUGUAGGCUGCAGCACUCACCCUGGAGGGCCUAUGUCUGCUGCUUAAGUCUUCCCCCAUUGUUCGGUUGACACGGUUUUCUGAGGCCAGGAGCUUCAGCUGAGUUCACCAGUAUUAAUGGGCAACUCCUGUGUGCCUGGCACUGAGCUAGGCAUUUGGAAAAGGAGCCUGUAAGACCCAGGAUUGUCAUGUAGGAGUUCUCAAGGGUUCUGGGGGACUCAGAUAUGAUGGCGUUUGGGGCACCUCAGGACCCAUUUGCCCAUCCAUUCAUUACUCUACCCAGAAAGCCCUUUACUGCAAACCUUGGGGCAGGGUGCAGGGGGAGGUAGAAGAGGGUGAUUGUCCUUUGUGUGCCUCAGAGCCAUGUCCCACCUCAGAUUCCCUCUGCACAGCAACAGCAGGCCUAAGGCUUUCCAUUCCCUGGGAAUGCAGGGAAAAGAUGGAUGGUGAUGGAAACUAGAACUCUGGGGAUAGUCAGGGCCUGCAACAUGAGGUGCAGGCCCCUUAGCCCCUGCCUGAUGGAAGUCCCAGCCCCACCUUGGGCACCCACCCUCCCAACCCACCAUCUCAUUCCCUGGGGUUCCCUCGCUGCCCCUCCCCCUCACUCCUCUCUUAGCAGGGCCUAUGGAGUGAGGCCACACUGUUCUUGGCUUAUAGAACUGUGAAUUGAGCUCCCCUCUCCAGCCACUGUGUGGUGGCAGUAUGUGCAGGCACCAGUGAGCAUGCAUGUGUGCAUUUUUGGCUGGGGAGAAAAGAAAAUGUGAAUCUUACUGGACCAGAUGUUCCUGGUGAGGUCUGGAAACGAGCUGCUGUAUAAGUCCUUGAUGCUCUAACCUCCAACCAGUCCGCUCUGGCCUAAAUGGUUUUUAUUAUUAAUAUUUUCUAAUGAAUUGUUCUUUUUAUACCCAGAAUCUGUCAUUGGCUUCAGAGCCAAUAAAGAACAGGGUCUCUGCAAGUGGAAUGGAUGUCUGUAGAGGGCACUCUGUUGUCCUCCCAAAAGCUUGUGCUUUUGUGGUAAUGUUUAGCCAAGUUCUCAUGCAGAGCUGGGGGAGCCGGGCAGGGGACACCACUGCAGAUCACUGGGUGCUGGGCAGGAGACACGAGUUCCCAGUUCAGCUGAUAACCUUCCUCAGCUCCUUCCCUUCCCGUGUACGUUCUGCCAAGGGGCAUAUAGGGCCAGAGCCCCCCCCCCCACACACACACACACAUUAUGACAGUGAGAGGUGUGUUUCCAUACCUCCACCAUUCUCUAAGCGGUUGUAGAGGCCACGCUGGCCUCAGGGUGGGAGGAACAGCCUGGCUCCUGUGAAAAGUGUCCUAAGCUGAAUGUCCUGGAGCCACACUAACCACACUGUAUGCAUGUACUGGUGGUGAAGGCAGAUGUAAUUUAUUUUAACAUUUUUACAAUAAAAUACAUGAACAAGCCCA